UCAGAAUCAAAGAAGAAAGGAAAGGGGAAGGGCAAUACCUUGGGCUCAAAGAAAACUCAAAACUCGGCCACCCAAAAGCAAAGGGCAAGUCGUUCUGAUGAAGAAAUCAGUAAGCUCCCUAAAGAGGAACAAGAUAAAGCCUCUCUGAAGAUCGAAAAUGGGGACUCGGUCAAAGGAAAGCGUUGGACAUCUGCCGAGAAAAAGAAUGCGAUCGAUCAUAUCACGAGUGCAGAGAUUGCCGAGGUCAUUCUCAAAGGCAGUCAGUCAAAGGACCAAGUACGAUCCUGGUGGCUUCGCACUUUCAAGAAAUAUCAGGAAAUAAAACUCCAAAUGAAGCAUACUGGUGGAGGCGAUGGUGAUCAAGCAGAUCAGUCUGAGAGUGAUGAUCAGGGGGAUGCAGGUCAAGGCAGGAAACGCAAGCGGGCUCCACCAAAGGAUGAUUUCAAAGACUCCUACGUAUACAAGCAGCUAGAUAAGGUCUCAACAGCUCUUUCUUCGGCAGUCGCCGAUCCAUCUGUCACACUCACUGAUCCAGAAGACCAAGGACAGAGUGAUGAACAAGAUGAGGGACGUCCUCGCAUCAAGAAGAGACGUGGGACUGAUGAGGAAGAUGCCCUUGUCAACCAAGUGCUGAAGGAUGUCGUUGAACGUAGUCAAGAGCGUGUAGAAAUCGAGCGAAGGAAGGUGAGGUUGAUGGAAGAGGAGGCUGAGCGCCAGAGAGAGAAGGACAGAAUUGUGGAGGAGUCCAAGAAGGUGGAGACAGAGCUACGCCGCCUUGACACGCGCGAAGAGCAGAUCAUCAAGCACCAGACAGCACUAAUUCAAGCAAUGAAUAGCAAUGAUGAGGAUAUCAAAAUGAGCGCCAAGGAAAGAUACAAAUCACUCACAAAGGAGCUAUCACUAAUUCAUGAACGACGCGAUGCAAUUUCCAAGUAG